AUGGACAACCAGGUUUCGAAUUAUUCAGUGGUUGGACGUAUUGGCGAAGGUGCUCAUGGAUUGGUUUUUAAAGCAAAGCACAUUCCCACGGGCCGAGAAGUGGCUUUAAAGAAAAUUCUAAUCAAAAAUCUCGAAGACGGAAUUCCAGUAAAUGUCAUGAGGGAGAUAAAGGCGUUACAACUAUUACGGUGUAAAUAUGUUAUAAAACUUUACAACAUGUUCCCCCGUGGUAUGAGCCUUGUUUUAGUCCUCGAAUACAUGUGUUCUGGUCUGUGGGACAUGUUACACCACAACCAACAAGAAUUGACGUUGCCGAGAAUAAAGACUUAUGUUCAAAUGCUCCUCAAAGGCACUCGGUAUAUGCAUGCACAUUAUGUUAUGCACAGGGACUUGAAACCCGCAAACCUAUUAAUCAAUCACGAAGGCAUACUGAAGAUAGCUGAUUUAGGACUCGCUCGUCUUUACUGGCCCGAUGGCGGUAGGCCGUAUUCACAUCAAGUUGCUACAAGAUGGUAUCGAGCACCUGAGCUGCUGUACGGAGCAAGAUAUUACUCAGAGAAAGUAGAUUUGUGGGCAGUAGGCUGUAUCAUAGCGGAAUUGAUCACGAAGCAACCUUUAUUUGCCGGAGAAUCGGAUAUUGAGCAACUAGCAAUAGUUCUCCAGCACCUAGGCACACCGACAGAAGAAUCAUGGCCUGGUCACUCUGACUUGCCAGACUUUCAUAAAAUUACUUUCCCGGAGUCGACGCCGACGCCUUGGCCCGAACUGCUGCCAGGCGUAGAGACUGACGCUAUAAAUCUAGUCAAAUCCUUUAUAUUAUAUGAUUCUGAUAGGAGAAUAUCAGCUAAGGAGGCAUUAAAACACGAAUGGUUUCAAAAUCGACCACCACCAGAUUCCUUGGAAAACAUGCCAAAGCCAAUGAAUAAACCUAAAUAG